GUUCGGAAUAAAUGUCUCGCUGUUAGUCGGGCCGCCAUUUUAGAAGGAGAGCGGAGCGGGCGGCUCUGAGUGAGGGACUAACCCUCGGAGCGGCCGGACGGCGGCGGCGACAGCAGCACCCGAGAGGCGGACAGGGCUGGAGCACAUAACUACAUUUGCCAUGGUGGCGAUACUGCUGAAAACAGGAGUAUGGAAGUUCAUAACAUGAUCAUGGAGCUCCGCACAGUUUUUGUUACUUAGACUGCCUCAAUGGACCACAUUCAUGGAGCUUGGAAGGCUCUUACUGAUGGAAUUGGAUUAAAGGAUUCUGUCUUCAAUGGAUCCAGCUGUAUUUCACCUACUAUUGUCCAGCAGUUCGGCUAUCAACGCAGAGCAUCUGAUGAUGGGAAACUUUCAGAUUCCUCCAAGACAAGCAAUACCAUUCGUGUUUUCUUGCCUAACAAGCAACGCACAGUGGUGAAUGUACGAAAUGGAAUGUCCCUUCAUGAUUGUCUCAUGAAAGCUCUCAAAGUCAGAGGUUUGCAGCCCGAAUGUUGUGCAGUUUUUAGAUUACUUAGUGAACACAAAGGAAAAAAGGCAAGACUGGAUUGGAGUACAGAUGCUGCAUCCUUGAUUGGAGAAGAAUUGCAAGUGGACUUCCUUGAUCAUGUGCCACUCACAACACACAACUUUGCACGGAAGACAUUUCUAAAACUUGCAUACUGUGACAUUUGCCAGAAGUUUUUACUAAAUGGAUUCCGGUGUCAAACCUGUGGUUAUAAAUUCCAUGAACACUGCAGCACGAAAGUUCCAACUAUGUGUGUGGACUGGAGCAAUAUCCGACAACUCUUAUUAUUCCCACAUUCAAAUGUUGGUGAUAGUGGUGUGCCUGCACUACCUUCUUUGACAACUCGGAGAAUUCGGGAGUCUGUGUCUCGAAUACCUGUUAAUUCUCAGCACAGAUACUCCACACCCCAUGCCUUCACAUUCAACACAUCAAAUCCUCCGGAGUGCUCCCUUUCUCAGAGACAGAGAUCCACAUCAACUCCAAACGUCCACAUGGUCAGCACUGCUAUGCCUGUGGAUAACCGGAUAAUUGAGGAUGCCAUACGUAGUCACAGUGAAUCUGGAUCACCAUCAGCUGUAUCUGGAAGCCCUACCAAUACAAGUCCAACAGGAUGGUCUCAGCCUAAGACACCAGUUCCGUCCCAAAGAGAGAGAGUUUCAGGAUCUAAUUCACAAGAAAAAAAAAUUAGACCUCGUGGGCAGAGAGAUUCAAGUUAUUAUUGGGAAAUAGAAGCAAGUGAAGUUAUGUUCUCUACCAGAGUAGGAUCAGGCUCUUUUGGGACUGUUUACAAGGGCAAGUGGCAUGGAGAUGUAGCAGUAAAGAUAUUAAAGGUUGUAGAUCCAACUCCAGAACAAUUUCAAGCUUUCCGAAAUGAAGUGGCUGUACUAAGGAAAACCCGGCAUGUUAAUAUUUUGCUGUUCAUGGGCUACAUGACUAAAGAUAAUCUGGCUAUUGUUACACAGUGGUGUGAAGGAAGUAGUUUGUAUAAACACCUGCAUGUCCAGGAGACCAAGUUUCAGAUGUUACAACGUAUUGAUAUUGCAAGACAGACAGCACAAGGAAUGGACUACUUGCAUGCGAAGAAUAUAAUACACAGAGAUAUGAAAUCAAAUAAUAUAUUUCUUCAUGAAGACCGCACAGUGAAGAUAGGAGACUUUGGCCUGGCAACAGUCAAAUCCAGGUGGAGUGGCUCUCAACAGGUAGAACAGCCUACAGGAUCUGUUCUCUGGAUGGCACCAGAAGUCAUCCGAAUGCAGGAUAGCAAUCCGUUCAGUUUCCAAUCAGAUGUCUAUUCUUAUGGAAUAGUAUUGUAUGAAUUGAUGACAGGAGAGCUACCCUAUUCCCAGAUUAACAAUAGAGACCAGAUCAUUUUCAUGGUUGGUCAUGGUUAUGCAUCACCAGACCUCAGUAAACUGUACAAAAACUGUCCCAAAGCUAUGAAGCGGCUUGUAGCAGAUUGUGUGAAGAAAGUUCGGGAAGAAAGACCUCUCUUCCCACAGAUACUGUCUUCCAUUGAAUUGCUGCAGCACUCUUUACCCAAAAUCAACCGAAGUGCUUCCGAACCUUCUUUACAUCGUGCAACGCACACACAGGACAUAAAUUCAUGCACAUUGACAUCAACAAAGCUACCUGUCUUUUAAGAGCUCUGUGUGCACUGCCACGGCUCUCUUCAACAGUUCUAGCAGUUGCGCUUUGAAUGCCUCAGUCUACAGGAUUGCAGAGCCAGCAUGGGAUUCAUCUGGAUGCCAGUUUUAUGAAUGAGCUGCUAUGAAUUUCUACCAUUUUAAUUCUACAGGGACAAAACUCCAUGUUGCCUUUUUCUACAGUUUAUCAUAUUGAAAUAGUUAGCGAACUGUAUACAAGAAGCUCUAUUGCUAUUUUUUAUAGAUGCACUUGAGCCUUAUUUUUCCCCAUAUGCAAAGCAAGGAAAAGAAGAAGAAGAAGAAGAAAGGAUGACUGGUUUCACCCCUCCCCCCAUUGCAUUCUGCUGAAUAAACUGGUUUUUUUUUUCCUAUAGCAACUAUAAAGGUAACUUAGUGCUUGAGAAGAGUGAAUGCAAAUGGUGCUGUUCUGAUAACAUGAAACUUUGUACCAUUCAGGCUGGAGAGAUUUUUACUAAAUUGGCCAUCCACAAAGAAGACAAGAGAAGAGGGAAAAGGAAGUUUCUUCUACUAGGCAUCAAGAUGACAUUAUUGCAUGUAAAGUUUCAACAACACAGAUAGUUUUGCACAUAGAAAAAAUGCUCAUUUUAUGGCAAGAAUUAUAUUCUAACUAGUACUGCUCAGAGAAGGAAGCUAGCACAAUCUUGCAACAAUCAUCUUAGAAUUACAUAAGAAGCUGUUUGGGUACUUCGGACUUGUUUCUUGCAGCACCUGGAGGGUCCAGCAAGAAGCUAUAGCUUUGUGGGAGAAGGAGAGGCAAAAUAAGGAAUACUGUCAAUAUAUUUCUGCAAAAAAGCAGCCUUUAGUCUGUUCUGAAACUUUUUUCUGAGAUGCACUAUAAAGAAACUUGGCAUAUACAGGUUUUUCACUUGCUGAUUUGGGUUUUAAUUUUGUUUUUAUUGCUUUUGAGAGAAAGCAUUUAUUGUAAACCCAGGUUCUUCUGAUUAUCUUAUUUUAAUAAAAUAAAUUAAAUUAAA